GACAUGCAUGUGUUAGCUUAGCAUGACUGCAUAACGAGUUCAAACACUGGGAUAUGGACACUGGACCGCUGGAGCACACUGCACUUUUCACCCUCAGUAACAACAGUACAAGAUGAUGGGCGAGCUUUGACAAGUGGAAUUAUUAUUACUCUUUAUGAUUCCAGCAUAACAUUCUUCAAUCAAGGAUUCAAAAAAGAAUAACAUUUUUUUUAUGUUUAGCCUGGAGAGUGUUCAAAUCGCUAAGGAUUUAUACCGCUGGUAACAGAACCGGAGUCCUGCGACAACUGCUUUUCUUCUGGUUUUAUGGAAUCAUAAAGACCUGUGGGAGAGCUUGUUGGCUACCAGGUGUUAAUUUAGUGUUUGGAUUGUAAAUCUCUUCCACAAGGACAUGUUGGAUCAGACAACAAUCACCUAGCUGAUCACCAUCUACUUGAUUGAAGGCCAGGAGAUCCUAUCAUCACAUUCCUUCAUCAUCAUCAAGUUGACAUGCUAAGGAAUCUACAGCAUCUAAUAUGUGACACUGGGUUACAAGGAUGAUAUUAAUUAGAACGGCUUAUUAAUCCAUCUCAAACGAUACAUCACUGAAGAGGAUCCAACGCUUGAAUAGUUCCUGGAUCUUGGAUCGAAGGACAACGGCAUCUUUACUGUGAUUUGGUUGAAUACCAUACUUUCAAAAGAAGAUUGUUUCAUCUCAUUUGUUUUAUUUUGAGAUAGGAAACCAAGGAUCCGGUCUAUAUUUUGUCUACCAUUGGAUAUUAUUAACAAACAUAGCCUUAGAAUGGAGACCAGAAUGCCUUUGAACCUGACACUGGUCCUGUUCCUAAUCAGUAUUUUCACAACAAAGAGUACUACUCUCGCAGAGCAAGGAUGUGCAGACGGAUCAACAGAAGGCCUCUUGAGUAAAGACCGUUUAGCGGCCUGCUCGGGGAAGUGGGAGGGUCACGUCGGCAACGCCAGCCACCUCUGCGCUCCGGGCUGGGGGGUAUGCAGCUGGGAGCAGGCCAGUCUGCUCGGCACGCUGACGUGGACAGAGUCUGUCGCCAUCGAGGGUUGCUUUGCCUACAAUGCGGCACAUGACAGGGGAGAAUGUGGGCCGUGUAAGAACACGCUGGAGCAGGAUGAUUUAGGAGGUAUUGGAAAGCACUGUCCACACCAAAACAAGGGGCAGUCAUCAUGUAUAGCAUCAGGAAGAAUCGAUGCAAGCUGCUGUCUUGAUUCACACUUUGACAGGGCCUGCCACUAUAGACCAGGACUGAUGACUGGGGUCGUCUGCUGUAAACUACCAGAAAUUCCACCUGCCAUCCACAAGCGGUUUCCAGCAGAGUUACCUGUGAGCUUGGGCCACAACAUCACACUGCAUUGCCCAGCAUCGGGGAAUCCCCCUCCUAGGAUUAAAUGGCUUAAGAACGGUGACUUUCUCUUCCAAGAUACCUAUGGAAGGAUCAUCAUCACACAAGAUACGCUAGUCAUUCACAAGACGUUGCUGUCGGAUAGCGCCGAGUACUCCUGUAUCGCCUCCAACACCGUGGGAUAUGCUAAAGAAGAUGUCAGGGUGAAAGUCUCAGAAAAAGCGAUAAAGAAGGACAUAGGCUGCAAGGACGGCACCAUAGAGGGCCUGCAUCACAUGCGGAGCAUCGCAGCCUGCAGCGGGGCUUGGAAGGGUCAUGUCAGGAAGGGAAAAGCCUUGUGCGCCCACGGCUGGCGGGUGUGUAACCAUGAAGACGUGGACACGCUCAAGCACAUAUCGUGGUUGGAUGCAACGAGCAUGAACGGAUGCUAUGCAUACAAUGCUGCCAACAAUGAUGGUGUUUGCACAAGUUGCACAGGUGAACCUGGCCACGAUGUCCUGGGUGGGAUCGGCAGACACUGUUCUAAGAGAAGACAGAGGCACGACUCGUGCCUGGGGGAGGGGCGUAUUGAUAUCUUCCCCUCCCAUAGGGAGUUCAUGUACGAGAUGCUGGACAAGUGCUCCUUCCAGGAGGGUCUCCUCUCAGGUGUACUGUGCUGUAGGAUACCAGACAGGCCAGAUAGAAAGAAGGGAGGAGCAGUAGGAGGAAAGCAAACCAAUGCCCUCUGUGAUUCAGAGUGUAGGAACGGCGGCCGGUGCAUAGGAGCAAACAGAUGCUGGUGUCCCGAAGGCUACAAGGGCGCCCUCUGUCAAAUUCCUGUCUGUGAUCCUGAGUGUCCUGCAGGCAGUGAUUGUGCAAAGCCAGGAGUUUGUGAAUGUCUGCCUGGUAAAGAGGGACGGAAAUGCAGGAGAGAAGGAAAAUCAAGAGGGAGAGAAGAGGUCUCAAGAAAACCAUCAUUUGGGUGCAAGAGAUUAUGUCGGAACGGUGGAUUGUGUCAUCUAGGACGCUGCUUCUGCCCUGCCUACACAAGAGGCAAAUACUGCCAAAGAACAUUGAAACUCCCGCCUGGCACCACGUACACGGAUCACUGGGAGCCCAUCUUGCGAAUGAUGAAUGGAGUCUAGAUCUUGAUGAACGCUAGACCUGCAGGACCCUAACCACUGGACCCUAACCACUGGACCUUGGUCUUUGGUGUGGGACCUGACUGUUGACAAAUGAAACAGGAUUGGCACCUCGUUAUGCCAAGAGAUGGAACAACUAGCUUUAAGCUGCCCAAAAAACAUGCAGAGACAAUUUUCCACCACUAGCCAUUGAGCAUGGAUGAAAACAAGAGUUUGAACAAGUCAUAGGAACUGUUGAUCAUCGUGGAGAAAUUCCAUUUAAAUUAUUGAAACCUGAUGAGACGGAUUUUGGCAAACUUAUCGCAUCGGCUGUGUGGAUCUGCCUGUGUUCUGUAAAUCGAUGUAAAUUUUUAUUUGUUUUCUGAAAUGAAGAGCAAAUUAUGGAUUGGUUCCUGAAUCCAAUCAUGAUGAAGCAAAAGAUAUUCAGGAAUGAGGUAAACUUCUUAAGUUGUUACCAUGACAAUAUGAGAUGUAAAUCAUCUGUUUUUGCCCAUUGAUCUCUCGUAUUUCACCCUCCUUGUCACAUACUUUAUCACCACAUGUGAUUGGCCUGCAAAGUGCAUUAAAAUAAAAAGGAAGAAAUCCAACCAGGUUCCCUUUUGUACACCUGGGUCGAGGGUGGUAAAUGUAGACGUAUCUUGCCUAAGGAGAUUAGUGUUGUACUGGGGCCUGAACCUGGAACCUGUCCAUGUGCAUUUAAGUGAUCAAACCAUUGAACCGCAACAUCACAGAAUAUGUUCAAAUGGAUGAGAGGAAGGAGAUAAGGUGAACUACAUUGGGCAAAUUUGUUUUUUCCUUAAUGAAUCAUGGUAGCAGUUCUUACAAUAAAGGGUUGUAUUUGGAGCAAGGAAUUAUUCCUUCAUUUCCAUACCCCAAAUCCAUUCAGUGUCUACCACUAUGACUCAUUGAUUUAAGAAUAUAUAUUACACAGGAUUGUGAAUAAACUAUUAACAUUUAUUUUAUUUAUUUAUUUAUUUAUUUUGUUGUUUUUUUUGCUAUAAAGAAUUUGGCUUACAGUAUUAUUAUGAUUUCUUAUGGACAUGAAUGAGAUAAGAAUAUACCUCAAGGGUCAAAAGGUCAAAUUAGAUUUCAAUAGUAUAUUUUUGAUAGAAGAAAAGCGAUUUAACUGCCAAGAUGUGAGGGUAAAGAAUGCUCGUGUAUACUGUAUUCUUGGCAGUUUAAUUUAAUGUGGGAUCAUUUUAUUUGUUGAAUUAUUGUGGUGUAAAUAUUGCGUUUUUAUGUGCACUGAAAAUGUACUAAUACAUAUUGAUUUUUUGUUGUUAAUGCUAUUGUUUCCUUUGUCAGGUCUGCUUUUAAAAUUGUAUUCAAUAUUAGAUGUUUGUAAAUAUAAGUUUUGGAUAUUAAUUAUUGAUCAAAAGUGAAUUAUUGAUCGACGUGAAAGAGAUUGUUGAAGACACAUUAAGACUAUUUUUCUGUAUUUCACAAAAAUAUAAAAGCAUGUCAUAAUCACCCUAGAUCAGUUUAUAAAGGUCAUUUUCUUUGAUAAUCUUUUUUUAAAUGUAAUUAUUUGGUUUUUCUUUUCUUUGUUCUGCCUCAUCUCUUUCUCUCUCCCUCUAGUAAUCUAUAUGUCUCCCUCUCCUCUCUUUCUCUCUCUUUCUACAUACAUAAUUUUUCCUCAUUUCCACAUGUUUGUGUCUCUUUGUCUUUGUGUGUAUGUGUUUCUCUCACUUUAUUUCUUGUGCAUCUUUUUCGUUUUCAUGCCCUUUCUCUCCAUUUCUCUCAAUUUCUCUCACACUCUCCUCAUCGGCACACACCAUCUUUUUUAUCUAUUGCUCUCUAUCUCUCUUCUCUCUCUCUCCCUCUACCUCUCAACACAAUAUCAUACAUUUACAAAAUAAUUUAAAUCUAGUUUUUUCAAGCUCCAUUAUCGAUCAGGUGUAUUUUUAACCACAACUCAUCAAACUUCAGAUUUAGUUUCCUAAAGCGUGUCUCCUGUGAUAAAUAUUGGUUAUGGAUACUUAAGAUAUUUUAAUAUACUUUAAGGAGUUUACUGCAUAUUCAACUUCAGCUACAAUUCAUUUGUUUUGAUAAUAACUGUUUAAUAUUUUAUGAGUGGUACAUGGCCCUUUAUGAUGUAGCUGCAUUGCAUUUGAUAUUCAGAGAUAACUUGGUCAUCUAUUUGAUCAUUCAUGUAAAUAUACUGUAUUAUAAUUAUAAUUAUCUAUAUUUGAUGUCUGUAUACAGUACAAACAUAUCAUUUGUAAUUUAAUGUGAUUUACGUAAAUGAUGAGUUUCAUUUUGUUCACAAAGUAUUCUAAUUCUUGAGUUGCACACCAGAAUGUCAUAACAAAUUUUUCCUCUCUGAAAUAAAAGAAAGAGUUGAUAUAUUGAAUGUUGCACAUUUUGCUAAAAACCUAAUUUCUUCCUCAUAUACCAGUUAAUUCUCUUGCCAUGCCAGCAGCUAAGACUAAUUUGGUUGUAAGCAAAGUGAUGGUUGUUGCUUUUAAUUUGUGCUCAUUUUCCUAAUGUAUUUAUCACUCACUGUAUUAAAUUAGCACUUUUGCGAAAUAGAUCCUACACUGAAA